AUGAAUGUGUCCAGUGUGGAAAAUCGUUUUUCAUACAGUUCAACUCUUAAAACCCACAUGUUCAUACACACUGGAGAGAAGCCUCAUAAAUGUACCCAGUGUGGAAAAGCUUUUUCACAAAUUUCAAAUCUUAAAAUACACAUGCUAAUACACACUGGAGAGAAGCCUCAUAAAUGUCUCCAUUGUGGAAAAGGUUUUAGAAAACGUUCAAAUCUUAAAAGCCAUGUGCUAAGACACACUGGAGAGAAGCCUCAUAAAUGUAAGCAAUGUGGAAAAGUAUUUACACAAAUGGAAACCCUUAAAACCCAUAUGAUAACACACACUAGAGAGAAGCCUCAUAAAUGUGUUCAGUGUGGAAAAGCAUUUCCUCACCCUUCAAAGCUUAAAACCCAUAUGUUAACGCACACUGGAGAGAAGCCUCAUAAAUGUGCUCAGUGUGGAAAAGCUUUUCCGCACUCUACAAAUCUUAAAAUCCAUAUGCUAACUCACACUGGAGAGAAGCCUCAUAAAUGUGUUCAGUGUGGAAAAGCAUUUCCUCACCUUUCAAAACUUAAAACCCAUAUGCUAACUCACACUGGAGAAAAGCCUCAUGAAUGUGUCCAGUGUGGAAAAGCAUUUCCACACCCUUCAAAGCUGGAAACCCAUAUGCUUAUACACACAGGAGAGAAACCUCAUAAAUGUGUCCAGUGUGGGAAAACAUUUCCAACAAUGUCUAGUCUUAAACGCCAUAUGCUAAUACACACUGGAGAGAAGCGAGUGUAACCAGUGUGGGAAAGUAUUUACACACCUCCAAACUCUCCAAAAUCAUUUUCUAAUACAUACGGGAGAGAAGCCUCAUAAAUGUGUUUAUUGCGGAAAA